AUGCACAAAGAGGAGGCAAUGAAAACCACCUAUCAUGAAGAUACUACCAGUACUGAUGGAUCAAACAUGGAUAAAUACGAUCCAUGGAAUCCUCCGUAUCCUCCAUGCCCUCCUGCUGUUGGAAAUAGCUUAAGUGACUCUAUCCGUUUAGUAGCUAAGUGGUCACGUGAGAAAGAAGCUGCAAUUGGUGCCAUCAGAGCAUCCAGUAUAAUCUUCCCAGACCGCAUCCCUAAGGAGGUGAAUCAUGUCUUCCAUGAUAGAGUGCACCAUUUGGCACCCAUCCUGGAUAAGGAUAGCGUCCGGCGCUUUCUCCGCUUUAUCUGGGGAAAUGGGGCCGGCAUGCAAUGGGGUUCGAUCAUCACCCCAGAGGCUUUGAACCAUAUGAUUGCACAAAAUGCGGUAAAAUGUGUCAAAGCUGCCUUGGAGGGUCAGGCACCUGAGCUUGAUGGGUGCAGGGCCGGUCCCAACUGCAUGAACCAGUAUGGAUACUAUCCCCUCCACCGAGCUGCUGAAUUUUUUUCGGUCGACAUGAUUCAGUUGCUCAUCCGCCACGGCGCAUCCGCCAAUCUACGCACAGCCGGUGCUGAGGUCAUCGAGGGCCUUCUCCCACUCCAUGUUGCAGUCGAGAACACGUGCAUGCACAAGUAUCUAGAAGACAGUCUAUUUCCUAACCAUGAGCAUCGGGAUUACAGUGAGGCAGAUGCCCACUUUAUCUUCAAGCUCAUCUAUCUUUUGUGCCUACCUGAAAUGAAAAUCUUUUUGGAUUCCACUAGGCUGAUCGCAAAACACACAGAUAAUCUACUUGAUGAGCUUUGGAAUUACAUAAAAGAUGGAAAGCUUGCCGAGACAGCCGUUUUGCUACUGGCAGCCCAAGAGCAGAUCCGUGUGGGAACUUCCUGUAAGAAAAUUGGAAAUAGUAAGGCAGAUGGGUUUCAGGUUAUCUACGAAUGUAUUAUGGACAACAGUAUCAAAUUACAGUCUGAAAAGGGCCAAAACCUAAUGGAAAAGGAGGAAUUGGAGACAAAAAUAAAGCUUCAUCAUACAGCAAUGAUGCUUGUUCAUGUAAUUUCCAAAGCUGGUGAAGGUCUUGAAUCAUACAUUCGAAACCAUCUAGAGGCACCCCAUUUCAUGCAGGUGCCCUGUUUGGACGUCCUUGAACGUGUUUCAUCGAUUCUCAAGGAUCACGGUUUUUCUCCUGCUCCCGAAUGUGUAGACAUUAGAAACCUCUGCCCGUAUCAUGAUGUGUUGUCAAGUGAGGAAAUACCUAGAAAACCUGGGGAAAGUGUCGCAGACAGGGAAGCUCUAGAAAUGGAUUAUCUACGCACAGUAGUGAACAAGGCUGCAAGGAGGAAGAGAAAACCGAGACGAUGGGAGCACAAACUCGCCAGGAGAAGCUUCUUCCCAUGGUGGAGAUCGGUGUUAUCUGCCCGGUCUAAAGUCAAGAUCAUGCCCCACAAAUGGGCAUGUCCUUCUGAAUGCUUGGAUCUCAAGAUGGCUUGGAAUAAACCCGUUGAACGCCUGGAUGGCGAGACAGCUUCGAAGAAGGCAACCGCCCAGCAGGAUGGUUCUGCUGCUGCAGCUCCCGGCUCGAUGGGUCGAGUUCCCAUGGUAGUAUAUAGUAGCAAGCCCGGUGAGUUGUUUACUGUAAUACCGCUCGAUGAUAUACCCAAAUACAUGAGGCGACACAGAAGGCAAUCCAGAAGGCUGUUUAGUACAGCGGUUACUUAUCAGCCCAGGAUGGUGAUUGGUGCAGCGGUUAAUUCUCAGCCCAGACGGCUGUUUGGUACAGCGGCAUCGAUGCUGCUCAAAGUGCUGAAGAGGGCAUGA